AUCCCCCUUACAGCAUUCCGCAUCCAAAGGGCAAGAAAAAAAAAAAAAAGCAAAAUAAAAAAUAAAAGAGGCGAGAGAAAAAGGAAGCGACCCAAAAAGCCAAAACCCUCGUCUCUCUCUCCCCCUCCCCAAACCCAAAACCAUUAGAUCGCGAGCGAGGCGCAGGGCGAUCGAACCAUGGACGCGGUGCCGACGGCGGCCGGCGGCGGCGCAGGCGGGGUAGGUUACGCGGACUCCGUGGACUCUUCGCCUCGCUCCCGCGGCGGCGAGUCCUGGGACGAGCCCUUCCCAUCCUCCGCCGCCACGGCGGCCUCCCGUCUCCGCCUCAUGUGCAGCUACGGCGGGCGUAUCGUCCCCCGCCCCACCGACAAAUCCCUCUGCUACCUCGGCGGCGAGACCCGGAUUGUCGUCGUCGACCGCCAGUCCUCCCUCGCCGACCUCUCCGCCAAGCUCUCUCGGAGCGUCCUCGGCGGUCUCCCCUUCUCCCUCAAGUACCAGCUCCCAAACGAGGACCUGGACUCCCUCAUCUCCGUUACCACCGACGAGGACCUCGAAAACAUGAUCGAGGAGUACGAUCGCAUCAUCCAGUCCUCCUCAGCCGGCGCCGGUGGUGGAAGCAACAGCGGCUCCACCCGCUCCAAUCGCCUCCGCCUUUUCCUCUUCCCUUCCAAGCCGGAGUCCGCCCCCUCUUCGAUCGGAUCCCUCCUCGACGACUCCAAGUCGGAGAGUUGGUUCGUCGACGCCCUCAACAGCGCCAUGGGCAUCGGAAUCGACGGCCUACCCCGUGGUCUCUCUGCCGACUCCGCCUCCGUCAACUGCCUCCUCGGCCUUGAGGACGAUUCCUCCACCCACUCCCGCGGCGUCAUCGUCGGCGGCGCAGGCCCAGGCGCCGCCGCCGCCUCCGAGCCUGGGCAGCUUAUCCUUCCCCGCCCGGAUUCCUCCGGGAAACUCGCCCGCCAAGGUCAAGACGUCCACUCCGUCCCGGACUCCCCGAUGCUCGAUACCACCUCUUCCUUCGGAUCGACCUCCUCGGCUCCCUCUCUCUCCAACCUGCCCCCGAUUCGCGUACGCCCCGAGGAUCGCCCUCCGGAUCAGCGGAUCGGCGGCCUCGAGGACCACUUCACCCACAUGAACCUCUCCUCCGCAGCCAUCGCCGUUGUCGCCGGUCAGCGGCCUGAUGAGGGCUAUAAAGACACCAACUUUCCUCCCCACCAUCCUCCCCCUUCUAUUCCCCUCCCCCCUGCCUCCGCCUCCACUCCCACCAUCUCGCCCACCGAGAACUCCAGCCGGGUCUUCUCCGACGACGAGAAGUCCGACCACGGCGGCGUCCGCAAACCGCCCACCGCUCCCCAGCCCAAGCCCACCACGAUCGAUGCCCCUAUCGCCGAUUCUACCCCCAAACAUCUGUACUAUCCGGAGAGGGCUUCUUCCGCCGCCACCGCCGCUGUCAUCCACCCUGCAUCGGAACCAAAACGCGAAGUGCCGGUCUCCGUCGAUCCUGGCCAUAGGGUUCCGAUGCCAGUGCCCGAUUCCGGGUAUGUGCUGGCCCACAUGCCGCCGGAGCAGCUCCAGCAGCAGCAUCCUCACCAUCAGCAACAGCACUUUAUUCCAGCCAAUCCCCAAUACAUCCACCACCCAGCCACCGGCACCGUCGUCCCGGUCCCCUCGUACUAUCCCGUCGCCCAUCCGAUCCAGCAAUCGCAGCAGCCCCAUCCCUACGAUCACCAGAUGCCUGUGUACUACCUGCCUGUCCACCAGAACCCGCAGGCCUACAAUCUCGCAGCGAUGCAGCCCAAUUUGCCCGAUCCGACCGCUACAAAGCCCACCAUGCCGCUCCUUAAAACCCCUGUGAAGCCGGCUGAAUUGCCGUCGAAUUUGUAUAGGACUGCGGCCUCCUCUGCCCCGCCUCCUGCUGCCUUGCAGCCGUCUCUGAUCCAUUUGCCGGCCGAUCAAGUUCCCCGCCAGUAUGCCGGAAUGGGAUACCAUGUGAUGCAACACCACCCGUCUCAGGCCCCAGCAGCAAUGGCCAGUUAUGGUUAUGAAUACGUUGACCCAGCCCAUGCCCAGAUGUACUAUUCUCAGGCUGGUUCUCCACCGGCGUUGGCCCCGCAGUAUCAGGCGGUGAGCUCUGCAGCGAUAAAUUCGGGUCCACUGCCCGGGGAUGUGAAGCAGGCUAGAGCAUCGUGAUCACUGGUUGUUAUUGAGCUCUUGGAGGGCGAUUUUGGUGUUGGUGAGGGGAACUACAGUAAGCUCUCUCUCUCUCUCUCUAAAUCUUAUGAACUCUAUCAUUACUCGGUUUUGAUGUCGGGAAGUGUUCUUUAGUGUUGGCCAUAAUGUUGUGUAUUGUUAUUACGUCUUACCUCAAAAAUAUUGGUAUUAUGUCUAUCUAUGUUGUGAUAGGAAUAAAGGGUAAUGAGUGUCAAAGAGUCUCUUUGCUUGUGUUUAUCUUGUCAUUGUUCUGCCUUUUGAAGCAGAAAACUGUGAUGCUGGUCUAUUGUGUUGAAUAAAUAUACAGCUGUAUUUGAAUGAUAUCUCUCUAUGUAUAUAUAAGAAAUAACUAUGUUUCAGUAGGA